CAAUCUUAAGAUAUUAUUUAUAUUAAUUACAAUAUUCAAUAAUUUAUUAGUUCUAAAGAAAACAUUACAAUUAAAUUAAAGAAAGAAAGAAAGAUGGCUUAUCAAAUUUUAAAAAGUUUAUUCUUAAUAACAGUUUUAUCAAUGAGCUAACUAGCAUUAGCUUAAAACAUGCAUGCUUCUUGUGAGAAAUAAGAAAAGGCAAGUUUAGGUGCUUCUUGGGAAGAAAGAAACCAUUAUCUUCCUGAUUUUAUGAGAGUUUCAGGAGUAGCAUCUGGAUAUCUUGCUUCUGAAUAAGUGAUUAUUGAAUUUGACAUAGAAACUUUAAGCGAUUCUGCAGGGACAUCACUUAUUUAAAACAACCAAAGCAUAUCUAAAGCAAUUAAUGAAAUGAAAAAAGUAGGAGUUGAAGAGAGUGAACUUACCACCUAAGAUAUGAGAAUUUAUCCUUCUUAUAGAUAAGAGUAUGAUGAAAAAACAAAGAGCUAUAAAUCUAUCUUUGAAGGCUACAAGGUUGAGAACAAGUUGAAAUUUAUAUCUAAAAAUCUAGAUUUAGCAGGAAAGGUCAUUGACAUAGCAGUUAGCAACGGAAUCAAUAACAUAUCUUCAGUUCAAUUUGUGCCAACUCAAACAAAAGUAAAAGAAUUGAAGGAUUCGUUAAUUUCAUAGGCAGUAGAAGAUGCAAUUAAAAGAGCUAAUCUCGCUCUCUAACCUUUAAAUUAUGAAAUAAAAUCAGUUAAAAGCAUAGACAUUGAAAAUGAUUCAUAUGGUAGAAAUCAACUUUAUAACUCUUAAGUUUCUUAUCUAUAUUCAUCAUAAGAAGGGGGUAAUUCAAACGAUGAGACAAAGCUUUUUGAUAAUCUAAAGAAGUUUAGUGUUUAAGUAAAUGUUUCUUUUGUUAUUGGAAGAAAAGAAUCCAAUAAAUGA